AUGGCUCAAGAUAAGCCCCCCUCGGUGUCCAGCGAGGCCAACAUUGACUCCGUGGCUGCGCCGACGACCGAAAUGGGUGACUUCAAGGAUAAGAAGGACAUCUCGCAUGUCGAGCGAGUGCUCUCUCCCAGUGACAACCCCAAGAAAGACGACAUGGACUACUCAAGGGUCGACAGGGAAGUCCAGGAAUAUGCCACUCGUGGUCAAGUGGAAGUCGACGAUGCCACCAGUAAACGACUGCGGCGGAUGAUCGACCGGCGUGUGCUGGUGAUCAUGAUCUUGACUUAUUUCCUCCAAGCCCUUGAUAAGGGAACUAUGUCGUUUGCUUCCAUCAUGGGAAUCCGAGAGCAGACGGGUCUGGAAGGACAGCAGUAUUCUUGGUUAACCACCUGUAUUUACAUCGCCGUCUUGAUAGUCGAAUACCCGACCAACUGGAUUAUCCAACGAGUCCCCAUUGCCAAAUACCUGGGCAUUAACAUCAUCCUCUGGGGUGCUUGCUUGGCCUUGCACGCCGCCUGCCAUAACUUCGCAGGCUUGGUCACGGUCCGUACCUUGCUCGGUAUCUUCGAAGCCGUUUGCCAGCCAUCAUUCGUGCUUCUUUCCAGUAUGUGGUAUAAGCGAGAGGAACAGGCCAGCACGGUCACAUACUGGUACAUGAUGAACGGAGGCCAGCAGAUUGUCGGAGGUCUCUUAGCAUACUGCUUCAGUCUGAUCGGAAACGAGAAGUCUGUCCAGUCGUGGCAAGCCCUUUUCAUGACUUACGGAAUCAUUUCCGUGUUCUGGGGAGCGUUCGUCAUCUUCUGGAUGCCCGACUCGCCCAUGCGAGCUAAAUGCUUCUCCGAGGAAGACAAGCAUUUGAUGGUUGAGCGUGUCCGUGGCAACCAGACCGGUCUUCAGAACAAGGAAUUCCGCUCCUACCAGAUGUGGGAGGCAUUCCGUGACCCUCAAAUGUACUGUUACUGUGCCAUCCAGGUGUUCACAACGCUGCCCACUAGCGGUCUCGGAGCAUUUGCGAACAUCAUCAUUACCGGGUUUGACUUCACCACCCUCCAGACCCAACUGCUGGCUAUGGUGUUGGGUUUCUAUAUCAUCAUUGUGCUUUUGACUUCGGCCUGGUUGGUCAAGAAGACCUCGCAGAACUUGGUCGUCAUGCUGGGCUUUAUCAUCCCGUCUUUCGUCGGAACAAUCGUCCUGAUGACUGUGGAGAAUCACAACAUGGGCACCAAGGUCGGUCUGCUCAUCAGCUACUACAUCACGCUUUCUUUCUGGUCGGCUCAGAAUCUGUGUCUGUCCAUGGUCUCUCGUAACAUUGCUGGCGCCACCAAGAAGUCUGUGGUUGUUGCCGCGACUUUUGUCUCCUGGGCCGUGGGUAAUGCUAUCGGCCCCCAAGUGUUCCUCGAACGCGAUGCUCCACGCUAUUUCAUCGCCUUCGGUGUCCAUCUUGGUUGUUACUCGGCGAUGACUUUGGCUGUUAUCUUCCUGCGCUUCUAUUUGAAGUUCCAGAACAAGAAGAAGGAGCGCUUGUUGCAGGAGGCCGGUCUGGACCCCAACGACGAUAACCUCUCGCGCGCAUUUGAGGACCGAACGGACCAGGAGAACCUCCACUUCCGCUACAUCUAUUAG